AUGAUCGACCCCAUGCUUGACUUCCUGCCCGACGACAACGACCGGCGCUGGUGGUGGUCGAUCCUGGACCACAGCAACGGCCUCCUCCUCUGCAACAUGGGACCGGGCGAGCUCUGCGUGCUUAACCCGGCGACGAGGCGGUGGGCAAUUCUACCCUGGCCCCGUCAGGCACCCGUUGCGCUUGAUCCUGCAGUGCCCGGGGAGCCACCGUCGCUAGACCGGUCAUCUGUGGAUGAGGAUAAUGACAAUGACAUGCGCCACUUGAUGGAACUGGAAUCGCCACGGACUUCAUGGGCGUUGAUGAGGAUCUUAAGGGUACCGCCCCGGCAAGAUCUUUGUGCCGGCGUGUACCUUGCAUUUGAUCCUGCUGUGUCGCCGCACUAUGAGCUGUUGACGAUCCCUGCCAUACCUGGCGCGCCUAACAAGCUAGCAUUCAGAGCAGCCAAAGGAGGAAGCAGCAAUGAUAAUGAUAAGAGCCGCUUGAUGGAAUCGGAAUGGCCACCGACUCCUUGGAGGUUGAACGUGUUUUCAUCAAGGACUGGUCAGUGGGAGGAGAGGGAUUUCGUCCGCCAGGGAGAGCCGGCAGGAACAGUUGGAGACAUGCUCAAAGAUCGAGCUGAGCUAUCUUGGGGGCCACGCCAACGCUAUGCAGUGUAUUAUCAAGGAGCACUUUAUGUGCACUGUCGAGGUUCCUUUGUUUUGAGGCUUUCAUUGUCAAACGGUAUAUAUCAAGUGAUUAGAACACCAUCAUAUGGUGAGGGCAAGAUAUUUGGAAAACCGUAUCUAGGGAGAUCAGAGAAAGGUGUGUACUUUGGAAUAAUUGAAAAGUCCCAACUACGGGUUUGGAUCCUGAGUGAAUUAAGUGAACAACGGAUGGAGUGGAUCUUAAAGUAUGAACAUGACCUUGCCCAGUAUGCCCUACAUCUAGGAAAAUUUGAGCGCAAAAUGGAUGCACCUUGGAUGGUACAUGAUGUGUCUGACACUCAUCACGAGGCUGCUCAUGUUGGUGCUAAAACUUCGGGGAAAGUGAGAUUUGACUGGGAUUCUGACAAUGAUGACUUUUUUACAGUUAAAUUUGAUCCCAAUGAAUACCCCAAUUUCUUUGAUAUUCUUGGAUUCCAUCCUUGCAAGGAAGUUGUCUUUCUGAAUCAAAUGUUUAGCGUAGUGGCCUAUCAUUUGAAAAACUCAAAGGUUCAAUAUCUUGGCAACUCACGCCCAGAAAGUUACUACGUUAACCAUACAAACGGAAUAUAUGAGUCGUUUGUGUAUAGUCCAUGUAUGGUUGGUGAUCUUAAUGAAGGACAUAAUAAGCAGAGCACAUCUUAA